AUGUUAAUUAUUAUUAAUAAAAAUUUUUUUUAUAUUAUUUUAUUUAGAUAUAUAAAAUAUACAAUCAAGCUGGCAUUGAAAACGUGUUGUUCUAUAUUUUGUUGUAGCUCAAAGAGCUGUUCCUAUGAUGGUUCUGGAGAAAAUGGCAAUAAAAAAACAUUACAACAUAAAAAAUUACCAAAAAAAGAGUAUAAUCAAAGUAUUAUAGAAAAUUUUGAUUGCCAUGCAAGUGUAUCUUCUUCCAAUAAAUCUGGAAAUGGAAGAAAAAUAUCACCAAUAAUGGGGGUACCACCAAUACAAGAUCAUGUCAUAAUCCGCCAAAAAGCUGAAAUUCACGAUUCUAACUAUGCAAAUGGAACCGUCCACCACCAUGACAAUUGCCCAAAUGGUGGACAUAAAGUUUCAACAUUAAUUUUAAGAAAUGAUUCUUUCAAUAAUCCAGAAAAUAGUUGUAUUGAUGAUUCUAGUACAUUUUCUGAAAAAGAAGCAUAUUUAGAUAUAAGAAAAAUAUCAUUCGAUCUUCCAUCAACAAAAUCAUCUAAUAUAAUUAAUCCUAUACGUAAGUUGUCUUAUCAUCAAGCAAUGGAAUGUCGAAAAUUAUCAUCUACAUCAUGUUACUCAUGGAAAACUAUAUCUAGUAUUGAAUCUUUAAAUGAUAAUAAAAAAUGUCUUUCAUAUUCUCCAAGUACUUACAAAACCAUAAAUAAUCCAUCUAUUUUACAUAAUUUACCAACAGAAAAAAUAUAUUUACCUAGUCAAAAUAUAUCAAAUACAUUAAAUACAAAACAAAAAAAUACUAAUAAUUUAAAAUAUGAAAUUCAUUAUAAAAAUUUUUUGGAUUCUAAUUAUUAUAUGAAUGCAAAGAAAGCAUCUAUAGAAAGUUAUACUGAUACUGAUUAUUUAAUAACACAAAGAGAACAAAUAGCAGACCAUUCAAAUAAAAAUAGUAAUAAUAUACAUAAAUCUUCAAUAAAUGAUAAAAAUAAAGAAAGAUGUAUUACUAAAAUUGAUGGUGAUGUUGAGAUAGAAGAUUGUUUAAAUAAUAUAAAUACUGAAGAAAGUACAUCAGAUAACAAAAAUUUUAUAUCAAAUGUAAGAAUUUCCUCAACACCAUGUAGUCAAAAAAGUUCAAUUACCAGUCAAAAUGAAUAUUUACCAAAUAAUAUAUCAAUUUAUUCCUCAGAAAAAAAUUUAAAAACAAAUAUAUCUAAUGAUUAUGGUAUGAUAGACACAUGUAAAAAUUUAAUUAAUACCACUAACAAUUCAUCCUUUUUAACACUUCCAACAAUUAACGUUGAUUUUGAAGAUUCCUCUGAUUCUGAUUCAUCAUUUGCAACAUCUCCAUCUUUUCCAAUGCAACGAAAAGUAUCGUUGAUGCCUGCAUUGACUGAAGAAGAUUUGUUAAAUUCAGAUCUUGGAUAUAAAGAUCCUUUGUCAAUAGCAAAAGUUUUUGGUGAAAAUUUUGCCUCACAAAUAACAUUUAAAAAUGAUAAUAAUAUUGAUGGUUUAUUAAAUGAUGGAAAAAAACAAUGUACAAUUGGUGAUGAUUGGAUUGAUUUACAAUUUAAUUCAAAUUCUCCAUUGUGGCCUUUUAAGGCAAGAGAUAGAUCAUUACCAAGUGGUGUACCUUCAAUUAAAAUAUUAGUUAAGAAAAAUCAAAAAAAUAAAGUAGGCAAGGCAGGUGAAGGUAUUGAGAAGGGUGAAAUUUGUGAGAAAAAUUUUUCUAAAAAUAUUGAAGAUUUUGUGGUUGAUAAAAUCAAUUCAUUGGAUGGCUCUAAUAAUUAUAUUUCUAAAAUUCAACAAAAUUCAAAUAUUAGAUCAGGACAGAUUGAUGAAAUAGAAAAUAAUUCUGAUUAUCAGGAGUGUCUAAUACCAUUACCAAAAAUUUCUAAUAUACCAAUAUCAAAGCAAUCAUCACAUUCUUCACCAAAAAACAUACACUUUACUAAAAGCUGUGAUAUAAAGUCACUAUCUAAAUUACCUAAUUUUUCUCCUGAAUUUACAAAAAAUUUAGAAAUUUCAUCAUAUAAAUCAUUUGAUAUGGAAAAAUCUUCUCAAAAUAUUUUAGAAGAGAAUUUAAAAAAUAUAUUAUCAGAGAAUACUGAUAUGAUAGCAUUCCAACAGGCAAUUAAUAAAUGGCUUAAAGAACAGUCAGGAGUUGAAACAUUAGCUUUUGUAUUAGUUACACAAGAUAGUGAUGUUUCUUUUGCAACUGUUGCUGGGACAGUUAGCUUAAAAUCACCAAUAAUAUGUUGUCUUAGUGAAUCAUUAAUACAAUUUUUUGAUUCAAAAAUAAAAAAUAAAACCAAUAAAUGUGACUUUGAAGAGUGUCAUUUGAAGGAUCUUCCAAAUCAAGAUUUAGAAAAAUUUGAUAGUCUACUAAUUACAAUGCUUCUUCAAUUAUAUUCACCAGAUAUGAGUGAUCAAAUAAAUAGUAUAACAAAAAAUAUUAAACAGAUAUAUGAAAGAUGUUCAAUUUUACCAAUAAGAGGUAGUAAUGAAUUAGUUAGUGCUUUAUUAGUGAUGCACCAAAAGCCAAGUUUACGUGACAAUCAAAUAUCAAAAAUAAUACCACAUCUACCGAUGGUUGGAUCAUUAUUAAGAAUUUUAUUUAAUAUUGAAGAUCAAAAAAAAAUGGCAAUGCAAAGUGAGAUAUUUUUUUCUAUGACACAAAAUGUUUUUUCUUCAAUGAGAGAUAUGAAUGAACUUGUAAGAAAUAUUAUAAAAGAAGCAAAACAAUUAGUUAACGGUGAAGCAUGUUCAUUAUUUUUAUUAGACAGAGAAAAUAAUGAAUUGGUUGCUGAGGUAUUUGAAGAAAAUUGUAAAACAGGGGAAUAUUUAAAAGAAAUAAGAAUGCCAAUUGAUCAAGGUAUUGUUGGGUAUGUAGCAAGAACAGGUCAAACUCAAAAUGUUCCCGAUGUAAAUAGUAAUCCUUAUUUUUAUCCAAAAAUUGAUGAAAAAACUGGAUUUGUUACAAGAAACAUUCUUUGUGUUCCAAUUCGAGAUAACACUUCUGGUGAUUUGGUUGGGGUAGCAGAAGUUUGUAAUAAAAUUGGGGCGCCAUCUUUUACAAAACAUGAUGAAAAAAUUGCCAAUACAUUUACAAUAUUGUGUGGAAUGAGUAUCUCUCAUUGUUUAUUAUACCGUAAACUUCAAGAAUAUCAUCGUCGUAAUCAUAUGGCUGCAGAAGUUUUGGUUCAAGGUUCAACAAUGUCAAUUUCACCAGAAGAUAUUUUAAGACUUUCAUUUCGUAAAAUACCUGAACCAACGUCAUUUCAUCAUAACUUCAAUAGCUUUCAAUUUAUUCCUAGAAGUAUUGGAACAGGUGAUAUAUAUGUUGAAGCAUCAUUAUCAAUGUUUGAUGAAUUAGGAUUUAUAGAAAAAUACAGAAUUCGCCAAUCAACAUUAGCUAAAUUUUUAUUAAUGGUUCAACGAGGUUAUAGAGAUGUUCCAUAUCAUAAUUGGUCUCAUGCAUUUGCUGUGGCUCAUUUUUGUUAUUUACUAUUAAAAUUACCAACUGUUAAGAAAGCUUUAACAGAUCUUCAAAGAUUAUCAUUAUUAGUAGCUUGCCUAUGUCAUGAUAUUGAUCACCGCGGAACAACAAAUGCAUUUCAAUUACAAUCUAAAACACCACUUGCACAAUUAUAUAGUUCAGAGGGUUCUGUUCUUGAAAGACAUCAUUUUGCACAAACUGUCACAAUUUUGGGUAUGGAUGAAUGCAAUAUUUUUAAUCAAUUAUCCAGAUCUCAAUAUCAAACAGUUCUUGGACAUAUACGACAAGUUAUCCUAGCUACUGACAUUGCUGUUCACCUUUCUCGUGCAGAUGAUAUUAGGAGAAUGGUUGAGACAGGAUUUGAUCCUCAAAAUAAAGAUCAUAAUGAUAGAUUUUUGUGUCUUCUUAUGACAGCUAGUGAUCUCUCAGAUCAAAGUAAAGAUUUUCGAAAUACAAAAUCAAUUGCUGAAAAUAUAUAUAAAGAAUUUUUUAGCCAGGGUGAUCUAGAAAAACAGAUGGGAAAUACACCAAAUGAAAUGAUGGAUAGAGAAAAAGCAUGUGUACCACUUAUACAACUUAAUUUUAUGGAUAAAGUUGCUCUUCCUGUUUUCUAUAAUUUAGCUCAAUUAUUAGAUGAGCUUGAACCUACAUAUAAAACUCUUCAAACAAAUAGAAGAUGUUGGGAAAUUUUAAAUGAACUUAUUCAAGAAAAAAAUGAUUCAUUUAAAGGUUUAGAAUAUUUAAGAGAUUCUGAACUAGAGACAUGUGUUAUUGAAAGAUUUAAAAAAGAAGUAGAAUCAGAAAAAAAUUUAUCAAAUUAA